AUGGCAAUGAGUUUCGAGUGGCCGUGGCAGUAUUGCUUCCCGUCCUUCUUUACAUUACAACCAAAUGUGGACACUCGGCAGAAGCAGCUGGCCGCCUGGUGCUCGCUGGUCCUGUCCUUCUGUCGCCUGCAUAAACAGUCCAGCAUGACGGUGAUGGAAGCUCAGGAGAGCCUGCUCUUCAACAACAUGAAGCUACAGUGGAAGCUCCCGGCGGAAUCAAUCCAGAUUGUAUUGGAGGAACUGAGGAAGAAAGGAAACCUCAAGUGGUUAGAUAAGAACAAGUCUAGCUUCCUGAUCAUGUGGCGGAGGCCAGAAGAAUGGGGGACACUCAUCUAUCAGUGGGUUUCCAGGAGUGGCCAGAACAACUCCGUGUUCACCCUGUAUGAACUGACCAACGAUGAAGACACAGAAGAUGAGAAGUUCCCUGGGCAGGCUGAGGCGACCCUCCUGCGGGCUCUGCAGGCCCUACAGCAGGAGCACAAGGCGGAAACCAUCACUAUCAGCGAUGGCUGA